AACCUGCCCAGCUUGCUGGGUCUCGACUGGUUCCGAGUCUUGGGAAUGGGCAUCACCGGGGUUCACAGCGUCGGUGACAACCAGAAGGAUGAAUUGUUGCGGGAAUUCGAGGACAUUUUUCAAGACAGCCUGGGCAAGUACGUGGGGACCCCCAUUUCAUUCAAUUUAGACCCCCAGAUAGCUCCGAUUAGGCUAAAAGCAAGAAGGGUUCCGUUCGCGCUCAAACCCAAAAUAGAUAGGGAAUUAGACAAACUAGUAAACCAGGGAAUCCUAGUCCCAGUCGACCAUGCAAAAUGGGAGACGCCAAUAGUGACCCCAGUAAAACCAGACGGAUCUGUCCAUAUUUGUGCUGACUAUAAGGCAACGCUUAACAAAGCAUUGCAAAAGAGUGUGUACCCUGUCCCCAUCGUACAACAUUUGUUUGCACUCUUACCAGUUGACAACGAAACGGCCGAAGCACAGACAAUUGUCACACACAGGGGCGUUUUUAAAUGCGCUCGACUUCAGUUCGGAGUUAGUGUAGCCCCUGGGUUAUUCCAAAACCUCAUGGAACAGCUCCUACAGGGUCUACCAGGAGUAGUCCCAUAUUUUGACGAUGUGUUAAUAUCAUCCACAGAUUGGGGAGAAUUAAGGGUCAAAUUGUGGAAGAGGGGAUGGCCAAUGACACCAGGAGAACGAUUUAAACAGUUUACCAAAAAGCAUUCAGAACUGUCGGUACAAGGGGGGUGUCUGUUAUGGGGGGACAGAGUGGUUAUUCCAGAGAAAUUACGAGGGCAUGUUUUGGAACUAUUGCAUGUGGGCCACCCAGGGAUUGUGAGGAUGAAAAGCCUAGCGAGAAGGUAUGUGUGGUGGUCACAAAUGGACAAAGACAUUAGCGACCGGGUAGGGAAAUGCCAAGCUUGCCAGGAAUCAAGGCCACUACCCCCAACAGCCCCCAUAAGGGAAUGGGAAAAACCCCAGGGUCCUUGGUCUAGGAUCCACAUAGAUUUUGCCGGGCCCUUCCAUGGGCAAACCUUCUUAAUUGUGGUAGAUGCCUACUCGAAGUGGUUGGAAAUUAUACUCAUGAAAACCACAACAGCUGAGGCCGUAAUCACAGUAUUGCGGCGACUAUUUGUGACACACGGGCUGCCCGACACCAUAGUGUCUGAUAAUGGCCCACAAUUCACGGCCACUCAGUUUGAGGGGUACUUGGCCAGAGAGGGCAUCCGACAUGCCCUCUCGGCACCUUUCCACCCGGCGAUGAAUGGACUUGCAGAACGUUUCGUGCGCAGUGCC